AUGGACUACCUCCCUCCGAGGCGGAGGACGACGCAGAAUCGCCGUGUGGCGGGGCUUUCGAUCUCCGCCCGACACGGUGCGGCGUCGGCGAUUUCGAGAUUGAGGAAGGCUGACGGAGAAGGAGAGAAGAAGAGACGACGACGCGUCAACGUCGGUGGAAAGAGGCCGAAGCGACGAUUUCACCCUCGCCGAUCUCAAUCGGUUAUCGGGAAGCGGAUCGGGAUUCGGAUUACGGACUCCCGAUGGAAGAGGCCGGAAGGAUUACUAUCCGGUGGCGAGAAGAGGGCUGCGCUCCUUUUUUCUCUGGUCCGAUUUGUUGUUCUUGUGACAUACGCAAGGUUCCGUUUGGAUGAAUGUAUUUUUACUGUCUGUUUUUUGCAGAGUAUUACAAAGUCGGAAUGCCCAGAGGAGCUUGAGCCAGCUGAUAGGAGAUCCAAAGUUCAUGUCAAUCUCGUUAGGAAACAAGAAAAUUACCCUGAGCCCGUGAAGCGCCACGCUGCAUUUCGAGGUGUAGGAAGAGUUCUUGGAAGUGGAUCUUCCGAUGACUCCAUCCCUGAGCCCACCGCAACUGUUACUACUACUACUACUACCACCACCACUGCGAACACUAGUAACGGCCUUUCAUUGGAUGCUGCUUCGCCGUCUACCUCUAUCCAGUUAAGGUUGGCUGACGGCACUCGCAUGGUGGCGCGUUUCAAUACCACCCACACGGUCGGCGACAUACGGGCGUUCAUUGAUGCAUCGCGACCCGGAGCGACGAGGACGUACCGGCUACAAACCGUCGGCUUCCCCCCGAAGCAGCUCGAUGAUGCCACCGUGACAAUAGAGGAAGCGGGCAUUGCUAACUCGGUUGUCAUUCAGAAACUCUAGCCUUAUGAACCAAACUACUAUGCUGUUUGUUACAACUACAAUACACAUGUACGGUCGGAUUUGGAAAAUCCUUUUUACUCGUCUGUUUUCUGUAAAUUGCCGGCCGCCUAAAUAAGUACAUAUCUGCGCAAUCCUGGGUCCUCGAAAGUCGAAGGGUGGGAACAACUUUGUUUUUUUCUUUUUCUCUCUUUUGGCUUCCUUGAUUAUUAUUCAUGUCUUAUUUUAGAAUAGAUUAGUCAUGUACUUGAAUAGCUGGUACCUGAAAACUGGUUAUUUGGCUUGUAAGUUAAGGACCUUCAUCUUUGUUCAAGUAACUACUUCCAUUUUGGACCAUGCCGUCGGACUUUUCGGUUUGCAGUUGUAAGGGAUAUCAUCUCUCCAGGAGUCUUUUUUUGUUCGUCACGCUGAUCUGACGUUGGAUUAAUUAUCUAUACUCAUAAAUUACUCUUUCUAAA